AUGGACGGAGGCGUCGAGACUUAUCAGCUGUCCGGAGCUGUACACGAUGUCUUGUCGUCAAAGGAGAAGUUGGUAGCGGACACGGUGGACGAGCACGGCAAAGCACUGAGAUCUCUGUACGGGAUGCUGAAGCGGAAACGGGACGAGGGAUCAGACCUCCCAGACAUGGACAACAUGGAGGAGGUGCUUGAGCCCGGGGUUGCAGAGGCGUUCGAUGGAUGGAAGGACGAGUAUAGGCUCGAGGCUGGACCGUCCCGGAUAGCAUCACUCUCGCUCCCAUCAGUGCCGCCUCCAUCACCGCCGAAGGGUGUCAUCGCUUUCCCGGACGAAGCGCCCGUUGAGCCUGCGCCGGUGCCUGAAGUAUCUGCAAACGUUGGUGUUUCGACCAGGAGCAGCCGAUCAAGCUCACGAGUGGGCACACCGGCACUGAACGUCUCGUCACCGAGGCAGACUCGCUCAUCUCGACCGUCGUCACCGAAGCCACCACCGCAGGCGACUGUUUCGUUGAACGACAUUCUGCCGCGUCGGACACCAGGGGCUUUGGACGGUUCGCUUGACGUCCCGCCGUGGGAGCCAGUGGACAACUACAGCCCCGCAGAGGAACCUCAGCCGAACCAGACCAUGAAGGUGCUGAUGCCUCUGGAGAACGACUACGCCUCUCAGAUCCCUCGGCUCCCGGCCUUCCCUCCCGGUGUCCACCGUCAUCGCAAAGGCAACAAGGGCGACUCGGGGCGGAUCGACUCGUUCAAGCUCAGUCUCAUGUACAACCUCAACCCGCUCAGCAACGGAGUGUCACGAUCGCCCAAGUGUGUACUUACCUCGGAUUGGAGAGUCGCACAGGCUGAGCUUCGUCUUAUUCGUACCAUGGAGAGGAUAGAGGCGAAGAAGGCUAGUGGCCGCUGGAGUCUGAGACAGCCCAAGAAGCACCGUGGGCCGCCGGUCCCCAAGUCUCACUGGGACUGGUUGCUGGACGAGAUGGAAUGGAUGCAAGUCGACUUCUCAGAAGAGCUGCGAUGGAAGCGGGUCGUCGCCCGUGAGAUUGCAUACCAAAUUGUUGAGUGGCACCUCGCCUCCCCCGAAGAGAAGGCCGAGCUCAUGGUGGGAGGGCGAGGCUGGGGUUCAGCGAGGAACGAUCCUGUUCCCGGACGACCAGCACCCUUAGAAGCGGAUAAGACCGCGGAGGACGACGUGGAGAUGCUCGUCGGGCAGGAGGACGCAGAGAUGGCCGAGGCGGAAGCUGAGGCUGACCGCAUCGACCCGUCUGGUGCCGACGUGCUCGAUGACAUUGAGAACAAGGAGAAGGCGGAAGCGAAGGAGGACGAGCCCCACGUUAAGAUCGAGGCGGACGAUGACUCCGGAUCGAAAGACGCUGAGGGUGAAGAGGACGCGGACGGAGAGGAGGAUGCGGACGGUGAAGCCGAUGCCGAUGGCGAAGUCGAUGCGGACGGAGAAGAGGACGCCGAUGGCGAGGCCGAUGCCGACGGGGAGGCUGACGCUGAGGGUGAGGACGAGGGCUUCGGUCUUGAAGACAUCGCCAAUGCAGCCAACGAGACGCCCGCCGACAAGGCUGAGGAGAAGCCCGACGUUGAGGGUACCGUUCUGCCCAAUGGCCUCGUCCUCAGCAAGCGCUUCUCAACCGUAGAAGAGCUUGCGACAGCUCGCCGACCACUCCUCUAUAUGCCCGCCGAAGCGCCCACGGCCGAUCUCUCUACUCUCCCGUCACUCGCCGCCAAGAAGGAGGGCCCUGCUUCGCCGCCCGUUGAAGAAGACCCGCCAUCUCUACAGGAGCUCUUCCCCGACCUCGCUCUCUACGGUGGACCGCAGCCGCCUUCAGCUGAGGAUACGAAGAUUCACAAGCGAAGCGACGAGAGCCACACUCGUAUGGCCCACACCACUCGCCUGCUGGAUGUUCGACCUGUCUUCGUUUCUCAUCUGCAGCCGGCAAAGAAUCACUUCGACAAGGACGGAGACUGGGACCUGCGUGAGGGACCUUGGUACGAGGACGCGAAGGGAGCGGCGGACAUUGCGCCGGAAGUGGUCACUUCCAUCUCUACUUUCUUCAGUGGCCGCGGCGUUCGGCCUCUCAACUUGCAGCCCUACAACCCUCAGCCUAAACCUGAGAACACGCGACCUGAACCGACGUGGGCGCCGGAAGAGGACAAGAUCCUGCUGCGUCUGGUCACUACGUACCCCUACAACUGGCAGCUGAUCGCGGACGCUUUCAACUCUGAGCGCGUCACGAUUCCCUCGGACCGCAGGACGGCCUAUGAUUGCUACGAUCGCUGGAACACAACUUGGGGGCCCGCGAAGAACCAGCCGAAGCCCGCAGAGACUCCCGCGGCGACGGGGGCGGCCGGCGCUGUCGGAGCUGCUACAGCGCCAGCUUCAGCCGCCGCUUCCGGCGCUGCCACAGCGGCCGCAACUCCUGGAGCCACCAAGGCCACGCCUGGAUCUGCCACUCCCGCAGCCGGUACGCCGGCUGCCAACGGCGCCGCGCCCCCAGCUCAGCCGAUGGAGCCGCCGCCUCCUCCCGGACUGUCCAAGCGGGAAGCUCGAGCUGCAAAGAUGCAACGCUACGAGGGCUCGACCAAGAAGGCGAUCCGUCAUCAGGCGCUCUACGACGCCAUUCGUAGGCUCUCUCGUCGGCGUGACAACAAGGGCAAGGAGAACCUGAAGGACCAGGAGCCUCGCGAGAUCACAGUGCAUGAGAGCCACUCAACGAUCGCCAACCCCAACGGUCAACCUCCGACACCCUUCGAACUAGUCGAGGCCAAGUACCAGCGUGAUCUUCGCAUUCACGAGGCACAGCAGCAGCGUCGCCUCCUCGCCGAACAGCAUCGCCAGCAGCAGCUGCGACAGCAACAGGCUGCACUUCUGCAACAGCAGCAGCAAGGUCAGCUAUUGCAGCAGCAACAGGGCCAGGCUCGACCGCCUGCGGCCGCUGUCCCUGGAGCCGCCGCCACUCCAAACGUCGCUGCGAACACGCCUCGUAUCGGACCUAACGGUCAGCCGAUCAACAUGGCGCCUAGCCAACAGCAAAUUCUUAAUGCUGUUGCCGCUGCCACCGCUGUCAACGGACGCGCUGGUCAGAUUAACGGUGCGACACCGACUCAGAACGGCACGCGGCCGCCGCAGGUUGCCCUCACGCAGCAGCAGCAAAUUCAGCUUCUGCAGGCUCAGCAGGCUGCAGCAGCGCAACGUCAGCAGCAGGCUCAGGCGCAGGCUGUCCAGCAAGCGCAAGCUCAGGCUCAAGCGCAAGCCCAGGCGCAGGCUCAGGCUCAGGCUCAGGCGCAAGCACAUGCUCAGGCUGCUGCUCGAGCAAGCGUUCAGAGCACGCCGCAGCCGCAGCCCGCGACCCUCGCCUCCCCGUAUGCCUCCGCCAACUCGGAGGUGGCGAAUGGCACGGUCGGUGGUAACGCCUCGCCUGUUGUCCAUGCUUCGCCUCAGCAGGUUCAGGCUCAGCAGCAACAGCAGCAGCUCACCCAGGCCCAGGCUCAGCUGCAGGCUGCUCAAGCCGCCCAGCAGGCUGCACAGGCGCAGGCUCAGGCUCAAGCCGUCCAGCAAGCGCAGGCUGCGCAGGCCGCUGCCAUGGGCCGCGUGGCCUCUGGCGUGCCGAUGCAGAUGCAGCAGCAGAUGAGGCCACCACAGGCAUCCCCCUCGCUGCCGAACCAGAUGACGCCUGCUCAGCAGCAGCAAUUCCAGCAGAUCAUCGCCACUCUCACCGCUCAAGGCCAGCAGCCGACGCCGGAGAACAUUCGCGCCGUCCACCUGCAGAUGAUCCGCAAUGCGCAGGCCCAACAGGCGGCGCAGCAAGCCGCCGCCGCACAGGCUGUUCAGCAGCAGCAGGCCGUCCAGGCUGCCCAGCAGGCGGCGCAGGCUCAGGCGCAAGCCCAGGCACAAGCGUUGGCUGCCGCAGCCAGUCAGCAGGGCACGCCGCAGAUGGGCGUCGCACAAUUACAGGUCGGAACAGUAAGUUCUCUAACCUAA